AUGUGAUAUAUUCUCAUCCAUUAUCACUACUUUGAAUAACAUAAAAAUUAUUUAUUGCAGGGAUUUGAGGUAUCGCAUUAAAUUCAUGUACACACAACCUAACCACUUAUCAUAAAUCGACCCACCAACUAUACACAUUGAAACAUCAACAAUAAUGACAACUCAUAUAGUUAAUGUGUGAUAUACAUCCCUCGAACUCUACGAGACUAAUAUCACCAUUUUGAUCUAAUUUCCAUGGCUUCUUCUCCCAAGAUCACCAAUCUCCCUUACAAGAGGCUUUCUCUAGAAGAUGAUGUCUUCGACGAAACAACAAGAAGAUCGUCAUCAUAUCCAUACAGGUUAAAGAGAGUGUUGUCACUGAGAGGAAGGAGGAGGAUCAGGGUUAGAGUUAAGAUUCGGAGAUUUAGGGGAUUUGUGAGGAAGAAAGCCAGUAAGGUUAAAAUUGGAGUUUUAAAAAUAUUGAAGAGGUUGAAGGAGAGUCAAUCACACUUUGGUGAUCUCUUUGCUGGUAAUUACCUGUUCAUGCAAGUUAAUCCUUCUUCUCUUAACACUAAGUAUGUCUUCGACCGAUCUUUUCAAGUUCAAAAUGGUAACUUACCUCCCUCUAAAGUAUCUCUUCCUAGAGUUCUUAUGUAAAGAAGACGUAUGAAAGAAAAAGAUCGGUCAAUCACACUUUGGUGAUCUCUUUGCUGGUAAUUACCUUUUCAUGCAAGUUAAUCCUUCUGCUCUUAACAUUAAGUAUGUCUUCGACCGAUCUUUUCAAGUUCAAAAUGGUAACUUACCUCCCUCUAAAGUAUCUCUUCCUAGAGUUCUUAUGUAAAGAACACGUAUGAAAGAAAAAAAACAUCAAUUAUAUAUCCAUUUCGAGAUAAGAGACUAUGGUUAUGAGUUAUGAUUCUCUAUUUUUAAUUACAUUUGAUUAUGUGUCUGGUCUGUAACUAUUUCAACGGGAAUGUAAAGUAAAAAACUUAUGUAAUAUGAUGGAAUUAAAGUA